UUCGUUCAGGCGAAAGAAAAGCGAGUCCCCCAAAAUAAAAAGAAACGGAACGCCCAGAUCCGCCGCAACUAGAGAAGGAGGCAAACGCACCAAAUUUCGAUUCCCCGCUGAAGUUCAAGAUGGCCAUGGCGGCGGUUCGAUUCGCCGCGAGGAGGCUCACUGGCCAGCAAUCGCAGGCGAUUCUUAGGUCGGCUGUCGCGAAUGAACAAGGGGUGGUCAACCGCGGCGGCUCGCCCGGCUAUGCUCUACGCCGGUUCACCUCAUCCGAUGCUCCUGCUGCCAACGGAUCAAAAAUCAACACCGAGCAUCCUUCUGUUUCAGGGGAUAACCGUCUAAUGGCAGCUCACCAGAAGAAAGAGGAACUCUUCCAUAUGCUAGCUGAGAUACAAACGGAUAAGGAUAUUUCUUUCACAAGAAGAAUGAAAGACAGGCUGGUGCUGCAGCGUCUUACCACGCUUAUCGACAUGCCUAAUAACCCUGAAUGGCACUGGUAUCGUCGAGAAUAUGCAGUUAUUAAAUUUUUGCGUGGUACAACAGUUUUCUUCGGUUUCAUUUAUCAGUUGGAAAAGUUGGAUGAUUUUUUUCACCGGAAUAAGCAAGUUCAGCGAGCUGACAGUAACAACCAAGCCAAUGUUUCAUGUGCAGAACCAGCCAUUGAAGAAUAGUUUAUGUCAGUUAGUGCAGCGUUUGUGAUCUUGAGCUACAACUUUGAUUGCAAAAAUUCAACAUUUCAAAGUUCCAAAAAAAAUCUGCUUGUAGUUAAGCUGUAAUACUACAAGUGUGCGAAAUCACAAUACAAAAUAUGAUGAAAAGUGUGGAUCUCGGUACACAUUUUCAAAUCCCCAUUGUUAGGAUUUGUCAUUUU